AGGUUCUUUCAUAGGUUUUCCUACACUGUAACAGACCCUCGCUGCAAUUCAUGCAAGCUGGCCAUUCCUGUUGCUGCUGAAGAGAUAUUGUUGCGAAGAUUUGCAAGAUGGGCAGUGAGAUUAGAGCUCUACCAGGCCAUAAAUCUCUUGAAAAAGGGCUGAAAUUCAACACCCAACUCAGGAAUUUCAUUGCUUGUAGCCAUCCAUCAGGUGGACCUCGCCAGGUCUAUGUUACUACCCAAAGAUAAAGGCGGUCCAUUUAGAAGCCCACUUGACUACUUGACCGAUCUGAUUCUUGGGAUGGGGAACCUUCAUAAUGGUACCCUUGCGAUGGAUGGCUUGGAUAUUGUAGCUGUCCGCCAUGCUAGUAUAUAUGGUGGCGUGUGCAUUAGCUGACUUCUACAUUUCCAUGCAGUUUUAGUGGAGAAUGGACAUGAACAGAACUUCUGUGUUAAGAAGCCUUCACUCUGGUUCAACACAGUCAGAAGAAUCAGCUUUGGAUCCGGAGAGAAACUUCUACAGCCACCCCAACUUUCAUUCUUCAAGUCCACCUCCUCUCCAGGGGUUCACAUCGGGCGGUCAGCAUUCUGAGAGCAAUGCAGCCUACUUCUCGUGGCCCACCUCUACUCGAUUGAAUGGGUCAGCUGAAGAUCGGUCGAAUUACUUUGGGAAUCUUCAGAAAGUGGUGCUACCCGAAAAUCUUGACCGGCUGCCGACGGGGCAGCAAGCUACUACGUUGCUUGAAUUGAUGACUAUAAGAGCAUUUCACAGUAAGAUCUUGCGUCGUUACAGUCUUGGUACAGCAAUUGGAUUCCGGAUUCGACAGGGUAUGUUGACUGACAUACCGGCUAUUCUUGUCUUUGUCGCCCGAAAAGUUCACAGGCAAUGGCUCAGCCACAUUCAACGUCUGCCUUCUGCUCUUGAGGGACCAGGUGGUGUAUGGUGUGAUGUGGAUGUAGUGGAGUUCUCAUAUUUCGGUGCACCUGCUCCGACUCCCAAAGAACAACUAUACUCUGAGCUUGUGGAUGGCUUACGUGGAAGUGAUCCUUCCAUUGGUUCAGGUUCUCAGGUUGCAAGUCAAGAGACAUAUGGAACUCUGGGCGCUAUUGUGAAGAGCCGAACAGGCAGCCGUCAAGUUGGUUUUCUCACAAACCGGCACGUUGCGGUCGAUUUGGACUAUCCUAGCCAGAAGAUGUUUCACCCAUUGCCACCCAAUCUUGGGCCUGGUGUCUAUCUGGGUGCGGUGGAGAGAGCCACAUCAUUCAUCACCGACGAUCUUUGGUAUGGGAUAUUUGCUGGAACAAACCCAGGAGGUUUGCUACAUCCACAAGCAUGUAGAUCUGUGCCAGUUGACAUGCUUCCACACGCAUGCAAGAUCGAGGCCGUCCAUCAGGGGAUCAAAUGGUUGGACCCAGCUGAUGGACAGCUAGGAUGUUCCAAAGAGGUUCCAGGUCAGCACAUUGGGCGGCAAAUAGAGGAAACAUUUGUUCGAGCUGACGGAGCCUUUAUUCCCUUUGCUGAUGAUUUUGACACCUCCAACGUCACCACUUUGGUGAAAGGCGUGGGCGAGAUCGGCGAUGUGAAGACUGUGGACUUGCAGGCGCCAAUUAACAGCCUCAUUGGGAGACAGGUGGUGAAGGUAGGAAGAAGCUCCGGAUUGACUACCGGGACCGUAAUGGCAUAUGCUCUAGAGUACAAUGAUGAGAAAGGGAUUUGCUUCCUCACCGAUUUUCUCGUUGUGGGUGAGAACCAACAAACUUUUGACUUGGAAGGUGACAGCGGCAGCCUCGUUCUUUUAACAGGCCAGGGUGGUGAAAAGCCGCGGCCCAUUGGGAUCAUAUGGGGUGGGACAGCCAACCGUGGACGUUUGAAGUUGAAAAGUGGUAAUGGUCCGGAGAACUGGACUAGUGGAGUUGAUCUUGGGCGUCUUCUAGAUCUCUUGGAGCUCGAUCUCAUCACAACCAAUGAAGGUCUUGAAGAAGCAAUGCAAGAACAAAGAAGCGCAUCAGCGGCAGCCAUUGAUUCGACGGUCGGGGAAUCAUCUCCCGCAGAAGGCACAUUGCUGAAGGACAGGACUGAAGAGAUCUAUGAGCCAUUGGGUUUUAACCUCCAACAUAUCCCCAUGGAAGUUGCAUCCGGGUCGGGAAUAAACCCACCUUUCAUGCACGCCGAGUUCCACACUGACGGGGUCGACACUGCAGCGAAUGUGGAGCACCAAUUCAUCCCGAGCUUCACCGGCGGCUGCACGUCUCCUAUGCAUCAAGACCACCACCAAGGCAAUCCCAAGUCAAACAAUCUCUCCGCGUUGAGGAACACUUCCGAGGAAGACCUUUGUGUUUCUUUGCAUUUGGGCGAACGAGAGCCCAAGCGACAGUGUUCCGAACCCACAUUUAGGAUGGAAGAAGCGAAAUGAAGCCACAUACCACACCAAAACAUUGGACCCCAUGUGACUCUUCGUGGGUCACGAUUAGGACUUGAAGAAACAUACUACAGCAAUGGAUUGAUCGGUUUGAGUUCGUGGGGCCUUUAACCUAUUUUGCAUCUACGUGCUAGCUCGGACCAUGGGGUCCCCAUUUCAUCAGAAAAGAGUAUUUGGGGCCCAUGCUUGAUCAGAAGGGAAAAUUGGGUGGUUGGGAAAUGGUGCCAUCAAAAGGUCAGAUCUCCAACUAGUUUAAUCAUCAUGCGGUUUUUGCAUUUCUAAGCAUAUAUAUAUAUAUAUAUGGAUAUGCGGGUCAUACAAUAUUUAAAUAUUUAAUAGAAAAUGUUCACAAGAGAACUUGAACAGUUAUAUCUUGCAGUUAUAUAUAUAUAUAUAUAUAUAUAUAUAUAUAUAUAUAUAUAUAUAUAUAGUGCAUUAUACUAUGUUUAAUAGAAAAUGUUCAGGAGAGAAAUUGGAUGGCUAGGCAUGGCAGGUCAAGUUCCAUUUUGAUGUAUUCGAAAUGAUAUUUGUUAGGAAUUAUUUAGUUUGUAUUUUGGUGCACAAACUCAAAUGUUAUGAGCCUGAAGUUAUCAAAACUAGCAUCGUGAUUGUUUCUGUAAAAACUAAAAUUUGAAUUUUAUUAGGAAUUUUGGGGGAA